UAAAAUACUUUCCAACCAGAAGAGGAGGGCACUUCAUUUCGUCUCGCUCUAAGCAAUCACAAAUCACUUCACCAUCAAAACCCUAAAAAAAUGUCGGGCGGGUUUUUCAGGGGCACUUCUGCUGAUCAAGACACUCGGUUCUCCAACAAGCAAGCGAAGCUUUUGAAAUCACAGAAGUUCGCUCCUGAACUGGACCAUCUGGUUAACACCAGGAAAGUGAAGAUGGAUAUUAUUAAACCAUGGAUUGCUAACAGAGUGACGGAGCUUCUGGGGUUUGAAGAUGAAGUUCUUAUCAACUUUGUUUACGGUUUGCUCGAUGGAAAGGAAGUGAAUGGGAAGGAAGUUCAAAUAUCGCUGACAGGAUUCAUGGAGAAAAACACUGGGAAGUUUAUGAAAGAGCUUUGGACACUUCUUCUUAGUGCGGGGAAGAAUGAAAGCGGCGUUCCUCAACAGUUUUUGGAUGCCAAAGAAGAAGAAACACGGAAGAAGCAGGCAGAGGUGGAUAGGAUAGCAAAUGAAAUCCAAAAGAAGAAAGUGAAAGAGGAGGAGAGUAGAGAACUUGAGAGGGAAAGAUCAAAGAAGAUGGACGAUGAGGUUGAAAAGAAAGCUAAUAAUGCUAUGGAGCCAGCUUCAAAGCAUAUGCUGCCUAAGGGUUCAAGUGGCCGUGCUGAGGAUGAAAAAGACACUGGCACGAGGAAUGGUGCAAAAGGAAGGAAAGGGUCUCGUCGUUCGAUUGAUCAUUCAUUUUCAUCCCCUAUAGGUUCAACUUCUAGGAUCAGCAGGUCGGUUUCAAAUUCAAGAAGUCAUUCGGGGCAUAAGUCCAGAAGUGUGUCUAGAUCACCUGAAGCUCAAGGACGACGCUCCAUGUCUUCUGAUAGGGUGUAUCGCUCACCAAGAAGGCGCUCAAUUACCCCUCCUCGGAGGAGAUCAUCAUACUCUAAGCAUACUUUUAGACACAGGUCACCAUCCCCUGUACGACGUAGAUUGCGUUCUCCCUUUCGACGUAGGUCACCUUCACCCUUGCAUGAUAGAUCCCUAUCACCUGUUCGACGUCGUAGGUCACCAUCACCUGUUCGACGUCGCAGAUCUCCUUCGCCUGUUCGACACUGCAGAUCUCCUUCGCCUGUUCGACACCGCAGAUCUCCUUCGCCUGUUCGACGUCGCAGAUCUCCUUCGCCUAUUCAACACAGCAGAUCUCCUUCACCUGUUCGGCACCGCAGAUCUCCUUCGCUUAUUCGACGUCGCAAAUAUCCUUCACCUAUUCGUCAUGGCAGAUCUCCUUUACUUGUUAGGCAUCGAAGGUCACCUUCCCUUGGGCGUCACAUAUCACCUUCAUUUGUGAGCCGCGGAUCACCUUCACCUAUACGUCGCAAAUCAUCCCCUUUCAUGCGACGCAAAUCACCAUCUCCUGUACGUCGAAGGUAUCAAAGGUCUCCGUCUACUCCUCACCACAUGUCUCCUCCCAUACGGCACAGGUCAUCUGUCAUUUCACGCAAGAGAUCUCCAUCUCCUUCUCUCCAUCGAUCUCCUUUGCCUCACGAAUCAAGCUCUCAAGCUCCUGAACAACAUAGGUCUCCUUCUCAAGGGAGAUCUCCAAAGGAACUCAAGAGAUCACCCAUACAGUCCCUUGGAGAAAGAGUCAGAUCACAACAAACAUUGUUGCCUGUUCCGCAACGCCCCUCCAGUUCUUUUAGGUCACAACAAAGAUAUCAAAAGGAUCAAAAAGAUUUACACGCUAGAUUGCCACCUUUAUCUCCUUCUCCAGAGAGGUCUCCACCAUUUGGAAGGAAGAGGAGUGCCAGCGAAGAUAGAAGGUCCCCUAGUCCAUAUGAGAGUCCUGCCAGGCAAAGAAGAGAGCGAGUCACACCUGAUGGUAGCUUGAGUCCUCUGCAACAAAGAGUGAGGAAACCACUUAAGGAUAGUCCAGAAUCUGGCAAAGACCAUGAAGAAACUGGCUAUACUCGGGAGGGCGGGGACUAUAAUUCUACAUCCUCACAUAAACGACCUUUGUAUCCAUCUAACAUGGAAAAGCAGAGAGACCCCCCUUUGAAGUUUCACUACAAGGAUGAGCAAUCUCUUGAAAGAUUAGCUAGUCAUCAGACCACCGAUUCCCGAAACUAUCCAGAUAACAUGGACUCGAGGAAGAAAGACCAGGAUAUAAAGAUUGGGAAGUCUUCUAGGAGAGGUGGUGAUCAAGAAACUCUUGAUGCACAAAAGUCUCCAUCUUUGUAUAAGAAUGAGAAAGACCGCUCAUGCUUAAACCAUGUUAAGGAUAGCGACAAAUGCCGGAAAUCAGAAACUGUGCCAGUGACAGCUGAAAAAGUGCAUCAUAGUAAUGGCAGUGGUGCAUUGGAUUCUGGUUCUGAGGAAAGUGGUAAGCACAGAGGAGAGAAGAGGGAAAAGUCAAAGCAUAAAAGGUCACAUCGACAUGAAGUGGCUUUGGAUGAUGAUGGCAGCCAUGGUUCUGAAAUUGCAGAGAGAAAAGAGACUAAAAGGAGGAGGAGGGAGGAAAAGAAGUUGCGAAAGGAGGAGAAGCGUAGACGGCAUGAAGAGCGACGCCGUAGGAGAGCGGAACGGCGUGCGGAGAAGCUAAAAUUGAAGGGUCGUGAUGAUGCUAGCUCUUCUGAUGAUGAACAUGUUGGGAGGAGGGAGUCUCAUCCAAGUGAUGAUGAAGAGACAGAGUCUGAUCAGAGAAGACUUGAGAUUGAGUUACGGAAGAAGGCUCUUGAAUCACUUAAAGCAAAGAAGGGCACCAGUCACUGAAUCUGUUACAGGCAUUGAACUUCAAGCUCUUUUUUUUUUACUUUAGUCAUGUUAAGUUGUUCUUUAUAUUUGCUAGGAGCUUUUGCUUUGAAUGGGAGCUCUUUUAUAUGUUGGUAACGAUUUGAUGUAGUCUUUGUUUCUUACUGGUACCUGAAAUGGAUAAAUGAGGAUUUUCUGAGCUAUUCUCUCGAGUAAAACCUUUAAGCAGAAGACCUUGCUGCUAGUUUUUCUGGUAAUAGAUGUUCUCCCAUGGAUGGGAAUAUUAACAGUGACAUGGAUGUUCAAGACGCAUAUUUGCGAAUGCAUCAUUUCU